GUGUGUGUCCAAAUGUCACGACUGCCCCACAUCGUCUACCUGCUGGCAGCUCUGCUGCUGCAUGGCGCUGAGACCGCUGACUACAAUGUUUUCCUUGAUGAGCAGUUGAUCCAGGAGUCCUGCGGCAGCACGGAGGGCAAGGGCAAUAUGGCAUUGAGUGAGCUAGUGGAAACCCGCCUCACGACUGUCCUCGACAGUGACUACGAAACGCUUUACAUAAGCGGCGACAUUAUCGUAAAACAGGCACUGCCACACGUACCCAUUAAAUUCGAGGUGGAUGUCAGCCGCUGGGAGCGUGGUCAGUGGGUGCCCACAUUUGUGACCCUAAAGCGUGACGACUUUUGCAAGUCCCUUAAGGAUCCAUUUGAGCUCUGGCACCUAUACUAUAUAACACAGAUACCCAGGCAGCAGCGCACAUGUCCGCCACAUCAAGGCCAAGUUUACAGCUUUACAAACGUUUCCAAUCGCAUGCUAGUGGAAAAUAUGCCCCGUUGGGACAUCGUGGGAAAUCUGAGGGCCGUGGUGCACUUCAGUGCCGGUGAUAUGAAGACCUGUCUGCUGAUCUACUGCACAGUUAGCUUGGCCUGAAGACCCUAAUAAUGUCAUCUGAAUAUUGACCAUAUACACAGAUGCUAACUUAUAUCAGCGGAUAUUCUUGAACUGUUGCUGUUGUGUGUGCUCUAUAUAUAGAUUUUUGAAUGUGCUCCAUUUUGUGGCUGGCAUCCCCGUUGGCAGUUUAUUUGAUCUUUUCACUGAUUUAAUGGGCCGUAUUAUUCUUAUAUCUAAAUUAAAUGCAAAUAAACAAG